GCGUAGUGUUUUCAAAUAAUGAUACUUCGUGCAGUCGGGAUUCAAUAGGGACAAAAUCAGAUUCGCCCUAGAAUUGUUAUCACAAUUAUCCAAGUAUGCGCCGUGUUAUGGACUUGCUCUGCGACUAAUGGACUUACGUGAAGAAUAUUAACCUAAAAUGUUGGCCCGUGUGGGGCUUAUAUAUUAGUCAUAGUUAGGAUUUUCAGAAAAGACCUGCUCAAUUUUUAUCAACGACUGUUAGUCCGGCCAAAUUAGCUUUUAACCCCAAUCGAAUUGAUACAAAAAAUUUGUUUUGUAGACUUUAUAGACUAGGUAAAAGACCGUGUCCUCCUGAAAAGCUCCCGCAAAAUAAUUAAGUUAAGUGCAUUAAGUUAAAUGUAAAAAAUGGGAUUGUAUUCCCCGAAAAAGGGUACAGUAUCCCUUUUCUGAGAGGGAAAAUAGCCAUAGUGGAGCCUGGGGGAGCAACCAGGGUGUCUAUGAACUAUUUCUAUUUUAGAUUUAUUUAAAAAAUUAAUUUUUUAAAUUUCUAUUUAAAUUUUUUUUUAGUUCUAUGACUCUACUCUGGUUUACAGGAGUGAAUUAUAUUUUUUUAUUUAUUUAUUUUUAAGUUCCAACCCAUGUGAUAAAUUUCGCAACGUUGUAUUUCACGCGUUCAGGGUUUUCUCUUUUGUUGGCGGGUGAUACAGAUAACUACCAUUAUAUCAUUAUAUCAUGGCACGUAUUUUGUUUAUCGAACCUUUUUUUGCUGGUUCACACAAGCAGUUACUGGAUACCUUAAUAAGCGGCAUAGACUUCGAGGAGUUCGGUUAUGAAUUGCUUACUCUUCCUGGUAAAAAAUGGCAUUGGAGGGCCAGAACUAGUGCACUUUACUUUGCUGAAGUGAUUCCUAGAAAACAUGUUUAUGAAGUGUUAUUUGCUAGCUCAGUUUUAAACAUGGCAGAGUUGAUUGCUCUCAGGCCAGAUCUAAUGCCCUGCAGGAAAGUUCUCUACUUCCACGAGAAUCAGUUGAUUUACCCAGUAAGAAAACAACAAGAAAGAGACUUUCAAUAUGGUUAUAAUCAAAUCAUAUCAUGCAUGGUGGCUGAUAACAUUUUCUUCAACACAUUAUUCAACCUUACCUCAUUCUUGGAUUCUAUUCCUUCAUUUUUUAAACUACAGCCAGACUAUAGACCAAAAAAUUUGCAGGAAACAAUCAGGCCAAAAUGCAAAGUUUUAUAUUUCCCUAUCUCAAUUCAAAAAUCUCCGGUUAGUUCUGAAGAAAGAACGACUGAUGACAAUGCAGGUCUUCACAUCGUAUGGCCUCAUAGAUGGGAACAUGACAAGGGCCCUGAAAAAUUUUUCAUGGUUAUUGACGCCCUUAUUGAAAAAGGCUGCAAGUUCCGGCUGUCUGUAUUGGGUGAACAGUUCCAGCAAAUCCCAUUAAUUUUCGAUGAGAAAAAACUGAAAUAUGAAGCGUGCAAUAAUUGUCAAGUAUUGGAUUGGGGAUGGGUAAAUCGCGGUCGCUAUGUGGAAUUACUUUCAUCCGCUCAUGUAGUUGUGUCGACAUCUGAUCAUGAAUUUUAUGGGGUCUCAAUGAUAGAAGCUACAAUCUUGGGUUGCUUUCCAUUGUGUCCUUGGAGAUUGUCUUAUCCGGAAAUCUUCCCUGAAGAAUGCUUAUAUCGAACAGAAAACCAGUUGGUUAAACAACUGAAAUAUUUCUGUAAGAAUCCAAGUGCCUCAAGAAACUUAUCAGUAAAUCUCGACAGAUUCAAGUGGAUGUCACUUAAGUCUCAAUAUGAAGAAGCUCUGUUAAUAAAGAAGGCAGAUGACCAAUGCAGCGCUCACUGAGUUAUUUCAGCUUCGCCGUUUUGCCAGACAUCCUUUUCACAACCCCCUGUGUUUCUGACUUGGUGUACACACUCUACAAUCGUCUCUGCGAAUACAUCAUAAGUAAUUGUC